GUUAGUGUGUUAAAGAAGCGGACUGCAGCGGUGGAAGAAAACCGAGAGUGGACGCGACUCGGGAAGAAGUUGUUGCCCGCAGAACGAAGACGAGGAGCGAACAAGACCGAAGUUAAAGUCGCGCUGGAACCAAAGCAACACGGCGAGUCGAGCCGAGGAUCGUUCGUCAUCGCCCGCACAGGGCAGAUCAAGAUUCCAUGUGAUGGUGUGAGGAUGGGACAGGGUGGUGUUGGGAGUGACCGCAGCCCUGGAGGCUGAUGAACCUGCUCCAUCGGCCAGUCAGGAUGCACAUAGCUUCAGUGGGUGUCAGCAAGUUCUGCUUCCUGUUUUCCCUCGCAUUCUGUGGCCUCUUGCUUCUGUUAAUCCCGGCCUUCCAGCCCCCAGCUCGCCAGGUGGACCUGCCUCAGCCCCGACCCCAAAUCAGAUCCACUCAGGCAGGCUCAUCACACCGCACCAGGGUACCAGCAGUGUCUGUCCUUGCUGGGGGAACUGACACAGCCACAGGGCUAAAUGGAAGCUCACUGGGCCAGGGGGAAACCAUGGAGAUGGAAGUUACCGCGAGCGAUAAGAGAGGGGUGGACUCCCCAAGAAGCCAUGAAAGAGGGGCUUUUCCUUCAAGAAAAGUUGGUAGACUUUCAGGAUCUAUAUCCCAUGACCCAUUGGAUUUGAAGGACAUUUUUAUUGCUGUGAAGACUACCAAGAAGUACCACAAGACCAGACUGGAGCUGCUAAUUCACACCUGGGUGUCCCAAGCUAAGGAACAGACCUUCAUGUUCACUGAUGGUGAGGACAACGAGCUGCGGAUCAGAACAGGAGCCAACAUCAUCAACACAAACUGCUCAGCAGCUCACACCCGCCAGGCUUUGUGCUGCAAGAUGUCUGUGGAGUACGACAAAUUCAUUGAGUCGCAGAAAAAGUGGUUCUGCCACGUGGAUGAUGAUAACUAUGUGAUUCUGCCCAGCUUGUUGCGGGUGCUCUCCUCCUACCACCACAGCCAGGAUGUGUACCUGGGCCGGCCCAGUCUGGAUCACCCUAUAGAGGCUUCAGAGAGAGUCAAGAGUGAUGGAUCAGUGUCGGUUAAGUUCUGGUUCGCCACAGGUGGAGCAGGUUUCUGUAUCAGCAGAGGUCUGGCACUGAAAAUGAGCCCCUGGGCCAGUUUAGGGAAUUUCAUCAGCACGGCAGAGAAGAUCCGACUCCCAGACGACUGCACCAUCGGCUACAUCAUUGAGGCGCUGCUGGAGGUCUCCCUAACACACACACACCUCUUCCAUUCUCACCUGGAGAACUUGCAGAAGCUGCCCACUGACUCUGUUCUGGAGCAGGUGACUCUCAGCUAUGGAGGUUUUGAGAACAGGAGAAACGUGGUCAGCAUUGUUGGAGGAUUUUCACUGACUGAAGAUCCCACAAGGUUUAAGACAGUCCACUGUCUUCUGUAUCCAUAUACUGACUGGUGUCCAAAGAUCAAACCUCGCCGCAAAAACUGAACGCCACAGUGUUCUAAUCGUGCAGCACUGACACUUGCUGGAGCUUUGCCUCACUCUGCCAUGUUUGGGUAAAGGCAAGUGUAGCAGGGAAUACCUCACGUGUCAUGGAGUGGAUGCCUUCACCCAAAGCUGCCUCGCCUCAUGCUUCAUGAAGGAGGACAGAAGCUUUUAAAUAGGCAGAGCUGAAAAGAACAGGUGGAACCAAAGAAGGACCUUUUCUGGCUGGCAGAGCAUGAAAGUGGAUGAAGCCAUUAGUGUCUGGAGCUACAUUUCUAAAUUAGCUUUCGAGAGUUGACUAUUGACAUAACAGUGCCCUUGUUAAUUUAGCCAAUUUAUGAGUUCAUGCCACUGUGUAGAACGUUUUUCAUUUGAGACGUGCUGUUAAAUUACAUUUUGUUUACCAAGUGUUUUCUCCCAGUCAUGUGAUGUGUGUUUAAUAGUGGUACAUUUUCCCAUUCAUGUUGACAUGGUAUCAAUGAAGCGUAAGACAACAUUCACUUUGCUGUUGCAGUCAGGAACCAACUCUGCAACACGGUUUCUAAAUUGACCCAAAAUAGAAAAGGGAAUUCAAGCGGCUGAAUUGAAUCCAUGUUUUUCAAAGCUCAACCUCCAGGUCCUGUUUGCCGAGAACGUUGAGGUUACUCUGUGGGACUCGCACUGAACUUCUCCUCUGAUGUAAUGUUCUGGAUGUUUCAAUUAUGUUCAGUGAAGCAGAUUUGUUUGCACUGAUGGAUUUUCAUGCCCAUCCAAGUGCAAGCUUUCAGUUGGCCAGUCAUGUAAUGUAGCUAACCCUUACCUAGAGAUUCCUGUAACCCUGAACUGUUCAUACACAGUAAAUUGUGCUAUUUGACAGGUUAAGUGAAACCACAGUGGAAGGAUCCAAGUGGUUUUCUGAGGCUCAGUGACAAAGACUCAACCCUCCCUCUCUUCCUAACCAUAGACAUGCACUCUCACUUAUCUACAUCAGCAGUUUAUUUAUGGCUCACUGUGAUGCAAUACUCUCACAGAGCAAGUUAAUACCAGGACUCUGCGGGCCAGCUUCCACAAAUCAAGUGGGUGUUUUUGUUCUGGCAGUCCCAUGUUGGAUGUUUUGCAUGACAGCAACCCUACAUGAGACAACCCUGAGGAACGCUUCAGCUCACUCAAAAUCACACUGUGUCCACACAAAGAUGACAUUUCAUACCACAAAGAUUUGACUGCAAUCUGUGUUUUGGUCUGUGAGGGUGAAGGAGAAAAUGGAAAGUGUAAAACCUAUCCUUUCAGCUUAACAGUUUACUGAGCUAGUCUACCAGUAUUGCAUGACUGCUAAUUUGCUAAUUAAAAGAAUGUGGUGCUAGCCCCCUAAGAAGGCUUAUCUUCUUUGCUUCAGGAACUGGGAAAGAUUACUCUGAUCCUCUGGCUCUGUCCACUGUGGUUUAACUUUAACAGCAGAGCAGCAAGCUGGGCUGUGUUACUUCAGAGCCAAGUAAAAAACCCCAUGCAGUUUUAGAUGACUGUAAAAGAAGUCACUGCAUGAUCUCCAGCUUGUCUUGUGCUCUGAAGUGUGAUGGCUCUGAGGUAGUAUCGAUCUAUGAUUCAAUCAGGUAGAGGCUCCUGUAUGUGAAGGGGGGCUACAGUGUUAUUAGGACGUACUCACCAAGUUCAUGUCAUCUCCUUCUGUUACCGUUAAUGUGACGUGACAGCCCAAAGUCAAAAUAGCAUCACGAUGGUUUCCUGCAAUGAAAAAUGGUUGAGGUACUUUAAAUGGGCCUGAGCAUCAUGUUUUUAAGUUUCUUUUUCUUUCAAACAUGAACUGCAGUUUAAAUUGAUCAGAAAUGAGACUGUGCUGUUUGGUCUGCUGUGUGUGCACGUUUCUUUCAGUCUAACUGUUCUGUCCCUCAUGUUCUCAACCUAACACCCUCUCCUGGCUUCAGCCUAUUUCUUACAUCUAUGGUUUUGCACUAUAUUGACUGUAUCACUUCCUAUAAGUUACUGAUUGUAGCUAAAUGUCUAAAUAAGUUAAUUUCGUUGGUGGCUUUUGUAUAUUCAUUUUUUUCAUAGGUUGUAAUUGUAGCUCUGUGGUCACCUCUUUGAGCCAGUAAUGUGUCCCUCACUGUUUCACAUAGACAUGAAUAGAGAGUGAUUUUUUUUUGGGGGGGGGACUGACUGAACCAUGUGACAUAAAUGAGUGGAACAUCUCACUGUUUGGUAUGAAGGGUCCCACGAGGAUGGUUGCUGAUAAUCGACAGCUUGUUUAGUCCUAACAUGAAGGGUCCUGGUCGAUUAGGUGUCAGAUGAGCUGCAUUGAAACCCUGCUGUUGACCUACCUGAGGAAAAUGUCUUUACUGCCACAGCCAUGCUUUAGUUUUAGAAAUGGGGAAAAAUGAAAACCUCUGGAACCAGUAUAUCAGAGCUAGACCCUUGUUCCUUCUUUGGAAUACAGGUUUGUGGCCUUGACUUCGAUAAACUGGUUCUAUGGCAGCACCCACGCAUGUUACACAAUCCAGCUGCAGUAUUUGUGCCUGUAAAAGUAUUUGUUUUAAACAGCUGUCCUCCUUUUUGCACACAAGACAACAAUCCAAAAUGCAGAGCUUGUGUCUCACUGCAGGUCAGUGAGUGAGCUGAAGGACAGAGGUGGUUCAACUGUUUACCAUGUAAAAUGGGUUAUUUUGUUUUAAGAAUAAAAUCUUUCUACAUUCUCAA